GUAGUGCUUGGUGGCGCCCUUCCCGAGUGCUCCCUAGGACAGCCACGAUGAUCACAUUCAUGAACAACUCAGACAGCGAGGAGGAGCCCUGCAAUGAGAGAACAUCCCUGAUGUCUGCAGAGAGCCCUCCAGUCCCCUCCUACCAGGAUGGCCUGCAAGCCUCACAGGCAGGGGAAGCACAGGCACACAGGAAGAGGCGAACAGGUAGCAGCCGUAGCCCUAACAAUAUCGCUGAUGGGGAAACGUCUGACUCGGGUGUUCCAGUGAGAGAAGGCGCCUUGGAAAACGAAGAGGAGGAACUGACUCUGAAAUAUGGAGCAAAGCAUGUAAUCAUGCUCUUUGUGCCUGUCACCCUUUGUAUGAUUGUUGUCGUCGCCACCAUAAAGUCAGUGCGCUUCUAUACGGAGAAAAACGGGCAGCUGAUCUACACCCCUUUCACUGAGGAUACUCCGUCUGUGGGCCAGCGUCUCUUGAACUCUGUGUUGAACACCAUCAUAAUGAUCAGUGUCAUCGUUGUAAUGACAGUGUUCCUAGUCCUGCUCUAUAAAUACCGCUGCUACAAGUUCAUCCAUGGCUGGCUGAUCCUGUCCUCUUUGAUGCUGCUCUUCCUCUUUACCUACAUAUAUCUUGGUGAAGUAUUGAAGACAUACAACGUGGCCAUGGAUUACCCCACUCUAAUCUUAGUCAUCUGGAAUUUUGGAGCUGUUGGAAUGAUUUGCAUCCACUGGAAAGGUCCCUUGCAGCUCCAGCAAGCAUAUCUCAUUAUGAUCAGUGCUCUGAUGGCACUGGUUUUCAUUAAAUAUCUACCUGAAUGGUCAGCAUGGGUGAUUCUAGGUGCAAUCUCUAUCUAUGAUCUGAUGGCUGUUCUCUGUCCCAAGGGGCCACUGAGAAUGCUGGUAGAAACUGCACAGGAAAGAAACGAGCCCAUUUUUCCUGCAUUAAUAUAUUCCUCUGCUAUGAUAUGGACAGUUGGAAUGGCAAAGCCAGACACAGCAGCAAGAAGAUCAAGUCAACAGGCGUGGGAUGCAGCUGAGGAUGGGAGAGAGAACCACAGGAGCCCUUCACACGCAGACUCUCAGAUGUCGGAGAGGAGGAGUCCUGUUCCAACCCGCCCCAUCACUUCUUUUGAGGAGCUUGAGGAGGAGGAAAGAGGUGUGAAGCUGGGCCUUGGAGACUUCAUCUUUUACAGUGUGCUUGUUGGGAAAGCAGCUGCUACAGCUAGUGGAGACUGGAAUACUACACUGGCCUGCUUUGUAGCCAUUCUCAUAGGUUUAUGCUUAACUCUUUUGUUACUGGCUGUUUUUAAGAAAGCACUACCUGCUCUUCCCAUCUCCAUCACCUUUGGCUUGAUCUUCUACUUCUCAACAGACAACCUUGUGCGACCAUUCAUGGACACUCUGGCCUCCCACCAGCUGUAUAUUUAGAAGACGUGGGAGUUAGAGGAUUCUUUUUAAAGCUUUGCUGUGAAGUAUAGUACAAAUUGGAAUAAGUCAAAGUUUUACACUUCGUGCCAUAUAUUUCUAAGGAAAACACUAAAUCUGUUACAUGAUGUGUACUGAAAAUCUAAUAGUUACCAUGUUGAACUGAGAUUUUUCACAGGGCUCUUGGACUCCAGUGCAAAGCCUGGCUCAUAGCUGAUGUCAGAGCAUUACUUCUGUGUUAUGUCAUGUGCACACUGGCUGCUGUGAGCAAGGAAACCAUAUGGAGCAUGGGACACUGGAGAGGUGAAGGGUCUGAUCUGUGCUUCCAGAAGCUAAAGUGUUCUAGCCCUGGAACUGCACUCAAGUUUAACCGUACUUUAGAAUUACUAACACUUCACAGUUUUGAAGUGUUGUGCAAACAUGUGGCGAGAGUAAGUCGAAAUUACAAGAAGAGAACAGUGUGUACACCUGUAGAGAAGUGAGGCUGAGCUGCAUAAACUGGCCUCUGUACAUGCAACUUCUGUUGAAAUUGCCCCAAAUGGCUAUUUAUUCUGACCUUAGACACAGCCAUGACAGAUGUAGACAGGAUGUCAGUGGUGGGACGUUUAAAUGUCAGGCUUCUGGUUCUGAGCGCGUCCACCGCUGCUGCUAACAGCCGAUGAAGGUAGGGACGCCUGUUCAGGCGCAUCAGAUCCUCAGCGUGGGAAAACAUACUUUUUCCUGUGUCCUCCCAGCAUUGUAUCUUUUUGGAAAUCUUUUUCUGGGUCCAUACUACAAUCCUCAAAUUACCACAAGGUGGAAAUUACUGCACAACUCCAGUAAAUCAGUUGACCUGUACCUUCUUGUGUGUUUUUUCUGGUCUCAUUUCUGCACAUUGCUGUAACUACUCCAAAGGAGGAUUUACUUUUCCUUUAUGAAGAGGUCCUCUUAACACUGAUUGAGACUUGGUUAUUAGUUUUUGGUACUUUUUAAAGAUUAUUUUUUAAUUACAAAUUUGAAAAUAGCUAUUUAUUGUCAAAGGGACUUUUUAGAAAUACCCUAUAAUAAUUUGUAUCAAAAUAUGGGAGUGCAAACUUUAUUCUUCUGUUACGUUACUCUGCGUAAGGCAUCAUUAAUGCUAGGAAUAUUUACACACCUUCAAGUGAGUUCAUUUAAAAAAAAAUAAAAUAAAAAUCACAGUGCUUGUUGCCAAUAAAAAAUACAGGUCUGACUGAACCUCACUGUUUUAUCCACCUUUUAAAAUAAUCUUAUUUCUACUCUGAGGGUUAGUUUUUUAGAAAUAGCUGAGCUCUGUGAUUUUUUUUCCUUUUGUCUGUUACACAAACAAGCUGUGUUUUCUUUGACAGCUGAUCAAUGUCAAGUGUUUGAAAAUGUAACAUUAUGCAAGGUUUUGUGAAUAAUUCAAUGUCACUGAGAGACGCAGAAUUUAAUCUGUGAAAAUACUUUUUAGGUAAAGCUUUGAACCACGCUUUUUUAAGAUAGUCCUUUUUUCAAUAGACUUGUACAAGCUAAUCUACUUUGAUAUUUAUAACAAGGACAUCACACAGGUGAUCUAAAAAAAUUUUUAUGAGUUGUGUGUGUCUCAGUUUGGACAAGCAAGUCAUUUUUGUGCUUUGUUUAGUUUCCUGUCCACAUUUCUUACAUUUACAAUGUUUGGACUUAACAGCUGCAGACUGAGUUAAUUAUUUCUAAAAGGUAUUUCCUUUGGAAAUGUAAAUCACUAGAUUUUAAAAUCUGCUGAUAUUUAAGGUUUAUGUGAGAGUUGUGUUUGUUUGUUUCUUUUUGUUGUUUAACUAAAACAGUUAUGGGGCCAAAUCAGAAUACAAUCACUUGCAAGCAUGAUGUAGAGAGGAUGUGAAAUAUUUAUAUGUACUAGAAGAAAAAUCCUGCUUGGCUUAACAGGGUUGUAGCAUGUUGUUAGAAACAGUUUAUUUCUGUGAAAGCAGAGUUGAUAUUUGAAGGAAACUGGGGAGGUACCUUCAAAUUCUGAAGGAUCACUACUGGUUUGCUGCAGAUUUGUGCUUGCCAGAUUGGCCUUCCACUGAGCAAUUAUGUGUAACUUAUAAAAAUUGUAAUUUAAAAGGUAACUGAGCAGCAGAAUCUGUCAGUGUAACAAAAUGUAUUGUCCUGGUAAAUGAUAGGAGUAUAUCAUCUAUAUACUGGAGUGGUUUAAAUUGUUUAAAAGUUCAUAUGUAUUUACUACAAAUAUAUAUAUUCACUGUGUGUGUUUAUGUGUGUACAUACACACAUACACACAAAUUUUAAAAUGA